UCCGCCGUCCCCUAACACUCUUUAAACUCCCCUGUAACCCUAACCCCAGAAAGGGGCCGGCAAAAGGAUCGAAAACCCCCCCUCGACGAACUCCCUCGUCAGCGAUGCAGCACGACGACGUGAUAUGGCAGGUCAUCAGGCACAACCACUGCAGCUACAUGGCCAAAAUCACCACGGGGAUUUUCUGUAGAAACCCGUACAAUGUUACCGGAAUCUGCAACCGCAGCUCUUGCCCGCUCGCCAACAGUCGAUACGCCACGAUUCGUGAUCAUGACGGAGUGUUUUACUUGUAUAUGAAAACAAUUGAAAGGGCUCAUAAACCAAAUGAAUUGUGGGAAAGAGUUAAACUUCCUAGAAAUUAUGAGAAGGCACUAGAAACUAUUGGCAAGCAUCUGGAGUACUGGCCUAAAUUACUUGUGCACAAAAUCAAGCAGCGCUUAACCAAAAUGACUCAGUAUCGAAUACGCAUGAGGAAGCUAGAACUGAAAGUGAGGGAGAAGAUAAUUACUGUGCCUAGAAAAGAGAAAAAAAGAGAGGCAAGGAGGGAGGAAAAAGCUGAAAAAGCUGCAAUUCUUGAUAAGAGUAUCGAGAAUGAGCUGCUGGAGCGUCUCAAGAAAGGUGUUUAUGGUGAUAUAUAUAACUAUCCUGUUCAGGCAUAUAACAAUGUCCUGGAAAUGGAAGGCCUACAACCAAGUGCUGAGGAAGAAGAUGAAGAAGAGCCAGAAGUAGAAUAUGUUGAAGGUUAUGAUGGACUCGAGGAAGAAGAGGACAUGGAAGAUUUUGGUGGUUUCGUGAAAAAUGAAUCUUUGAUGGAUGAUGAUUAUGAUGAAAUGGAUGAAGAAAAUGAAGAAAUAGAACCAUUAGAUCAACACCCUGCCAAGAAAAUACGAAAAGCAUCUGCAUCUGAAGCUAGAAAGAUAGAAGGUGGUGAUUCUGGGAAAAAGUCAAAAAGAAAGGGGAGGGUAAUCAUUGAGGUUGAGCAGGAUGAGGAAUUGGGUGAGAGACAAAAGGCACAUGUAUAAAAGCUCAAGUUCCCUUGGUUUCCUGCAUGCCCUUCACAUCAAGCAUCAUCCCAUGGUAUGUACCUCGAGGGCAGACACUUAUGGAGCGGCGAGACCGAUGUUUCCGACCCCGAACAAUUUUUGAUAUGAUGUUGGUGUUAAUGCAACAAAAUGAGUUCUGUUAGUGUAACAUCUAAUUAGUUGAAAUGUUUUGUCAUCCUUUGUGGGACUCUCGUAAGGUUAAUAUUCGUGAUUGGUAAGCAUGCAGUUUGCAUUGUCUUCCCAAAUUUAUCGAUAUCUUUAUAAAUGAAUUGUUUCGGUAGUCCA